AUGUCUGCAGCUAAUUUUGAAGUAUGUAUGUCUUUGCAGCCGUUAAAAAUGCACUGCAAGAGUUGUGCAUUGGUCACCAGCUCUGGACACCUUCUGGGAAGUAAACAAGGGGACAGAAUCGACGAGACGGAGUGUGUAAUACGAAUGAAUGAUGCACCUACUCGAGGUUAUGGAAAAGAUGUUGGAAACAAAACGAGCCUUCGAGUCAUUGCACACUCCAGUAUUCAGAGGAUUUUGCGAAAUCGCAACGAACUCUUAAACAUGAGCCACGGUGCCGUGUUCAUCUUCUGGGGCCCGAGCAGCUACAUGCGGAGAGAUGGGAAGGGCUUGGUGUACAACAACCUGCAGCUGAUGAACCAGAUACUGCCUCAACUAAAAGUAUAUAUGAUUUCUCGCCAUAAGAUGCUUCAAUUUGAUGACCUUUUUAAACGGGAAACUGGGAAGGACAGGAAGAUAUCCAACACUUGGCUCAGCACGGGCUGGUUCACAAUGACUAUCGCAUUAGAGCUCUGUGACAGGAUAAAUGUUUAUGGCAUGGUGCCACCGGAUUUCUGCAGGGAUCCUAAUCAUCUCUCAGUACCUUACCAUUAUUACGAACCUCUGGGACCUGACGAAUGCACAAUGUACAUUUCCCACGAGCGGGGACGGAAGGGCAGCCACCACCGCUUCAUCACAGAGAAACGUGUCUUUGAGAACUGGGCACGGACCUUCAACAUUCACUUUUUCCAACCAGACUGGAAACCAGAACCACUCACUGUACAUCGCCCCGAGAACAAACCGGUGGUCUGA